GACAGGAAGUUUCACCGACACUACCUCCCCAUUUCAUGAAUUCACAUUGCCUUUUACAUUUGCUCACAUCCAGACUCUUCAAGUAAAAAAGACUCAUAUUUGGCUUAGCGAAUCCAAAGAGAGAAGCAAACACUGAAACAAUCAUCUUUGGCUUCGAUGGCCAACCAAGGAGCCUCUUCUUCUUCUGCUCCUUUCACCAACUCAUGGAAAUACCAUGUCUUUCUGAGCUUCAGAGGUUUUGACACUCGCUCAAAUUUCACAAGCCAUUUGUAUAGCGCUUUGCGUCGAGAAGGAAUUAACACCUUCAUGGAUGAUGAUGAACUCAGAAGAGGAGAAGAAAUAUCAAACGCGCUUCUCACAGCAAUUGAAGACUCAAAGAUUUAUGUGGUUGUGUUCUCCGAAAACUAUGCGUCCUCUAAGUGGUGCUUGGAUGAGCUUGUUAAGAUUCUUGAUUGCAAAGAAUCAAAUCAACAAUUGGUCAUCCCAGUUUUUCACAAGGUGAAUCCAUCAGAUGUACGGAAUCAUAGAGGAAGCUUCGGGGAUGCACUCGCUAACAUGGACUGCAAUAAUGUGGAGAAGGUCAACAGAUGGAAGGAAGCACUUUCACAAGCAGGAAAAUUGGCGGGGUUCACUCUGUCGGAAGGACAUAGAUCUGAAGCUGAACUGAUUCAUAAAGUCGUUCAACACAUUUCACGGGAAGUAAUAGACCGUACAUAUUUACAUUUGACAGAGUAUCCAGUUGGAAUGCACCAUCCUGUAGAAGAUAUAACUAAGCUUUUAGCUUUGAGGGAAGAAGAAGAUGUUCGUAUGGUAGGGGUAUGGGGAACUGGUGGAAUUGGUAAGACCACAAUUGCUACAGCUGUUUAUAAUUCAAUUGCCCACGAAUUUGAAGGCUGUUCUUUUUUGGCAAACGUCAAAGAAUGUUCAACGUGGCAGGGAGGAGGUUUAGCCAAACUACAGAGGACUCUUCUUUAUGAGAUUCUAAGGGAUACAAAUUUGGAGGUGGCCAACGUUCAUAAAGGGGCCACUAUGAUAAAGCAAAGGUUGAGUUGUAGAAAGGUUCUCUUGGUUCUUGAUGACGUGGACGACAUGGAACAGUUACACAAGUUAGUUGGGGCAUGUGAAUGGUUUGGUGCAGGCAGUAGAAUUAUCAUAACAACAAGGGAUAAACAACUGUUAACUGCUCAUGAUGUUAAUUUAAUACAUGAGGUCAAGAUUUUAGAUGAUCCUGAAGCUCUUGAGCUCUUCUGUUGGCAUGCCUUUAAAACAAGUGGGCCUCCUUUGGGUGAUUAUGUGAAACUUGCAGAACGUGCAAUACGCUAUGCUCAAGGCCUUCCUUUGGCUUUGAAAGUUCUCGGUUCAUGUCUAUGUGGUGGAGAUAUAGAUAAAUGGAAAGCUACAUUGGAGGGUUUCAAAAGCCCGAAUAUUCAAGAUGUUCUCAAAAUAAGUUACAAUGCAUUGGAUCAUGGCGUACAGGAGGUUUUCCUUGACAUUGCAUGUUUCUUUAAGGGUAAAAGUAGAAAGCGUGUGAUAGAAAUACUUGUAGCUUGUGACCCCAACGCUAGCUAUAGAAUUGAAGUACUGAAAGAAAAGGCACUCGUAAGUGUUGAAGGAGAUCACAUUCAGAUGCAUGACUUACUCGAAGAGAUGGGUAAGGACAUAGUUUACCUACAGUCACCCACUGAAGCCGGAGGUCGUAGCAGAUUGUGGUCUUAUGAAGACAUCGAGCAUGUUCUUGCUAGUAAUACGGGAACAAAUCAAAUCACACGCAUUGUGUUAAAUUUUCCCAACCGAGAUGAUGUGAUACACUUCAUGUUAAAUUUCCCCAACUCAGAUGAUGAGAUAUGCUUGAAUGCUGAUAGUUUCUCGAAGAUGAAAAAUCUUAAAAUUUUCAUAAUCUAUAACGUGUGCCUUUCUGGUGGCGUUCAUUAUCUCCCAAACUCGUUGAGAGUUAUUGAUUGGCAUGGAUGUCCGUUCCAAUCUUUUCCACCCAAGUUUCGUCCAAAGGAACUAGUUGUGCUCAAUAUGCCUCGCAACCGCAUCAAACAACUAGGGGAGGGAUUGAAGCAUUUGACAAAGUUGACAUCUCUGAAUUUCGAGGGAUCUCAAUUCCUAAUUGAAAUCCCCGACCUAUCCAGCAGCCCAAACUUAAGGUACUUGAAUGCGAAUGGUUGUACAAGUUUAGUCGAGGUUCAUCCAUCUGUUGGAUAUCUUGAUAAACUUGAAAAUUUGGAUUUUUGUGGCUGCCAUAAACUCACGCAGUUUCCAAAUAAAGUUAGGUUGAAAUCUCUAAUAUUUUUUCGUCUGUACGAUUGCAUAAAGUUGGAGAAUUUCCCAGAAAUUGUCGACAAAAUGGAAUCCUUAAAUUAUUUGGACCUUGGGAGAACUGCUAUAAAAGAGUUGCCUUCAUCCGUUGGAAAUCUCACUGCCCUGAAAGUUUUAGAGUUAGGUGGAAGUGCUAUAGAAGAGUUGCCUUCAUCAACUGGAAAUCUCACUGCGCUUGAAAUAUUAUCUUUAGAAGGAUGUGAAAACCUUGCAAAUCUGCCACAACGUAUUUAUGGGUUGCAUCUGGAGUCUAUUAAUCUCAAUCGAUGCCCAAAACUUGUCAUACUUCCAAAUAACUUGAUCUCUGAAGCUUUAUCGAGUGCAGAACUUCCUUUGGAGGUUCGAACCAACGCAAACAGUCCACGCAAUGGCAACUUAGUGAGGCUGGGGAUGAUGGAUUUUGAAGAGUGCAAUGUAUCAAACGUUGAGUACUUGGAGAAAUUUUGUUGCUGGUCCAACUUAAUGAAUAUUAAUCUAUCCAAAAGCAAUUUUGUCAUUCUUCCUGUGUGCAUUAGUAAAUGUGUCAACUUGCGGGAGCUUGAUUUGAGUGGUUGCAAGAAGCUUGUAGAAAUUCUAGGACAACUUCCAGCGUCUAUAGCAAGGAUUGAUAUGGCUGAUUGCAUAUCACUGAAAAGAUUUUCAACAUUGUCAAAGAUAUUGGAAGACGGAGACAUGCAACAUAUUAGUUACGUGGACUUGUCUAAUUGCCAUAGGCUAGGGUUGGACGUCUCAAAGAUGGCAAAAAGUGUACUGAAUGAGAUGAGGAGAAGUAAGAGGUUUAUCGUUAAACUACCUGGCAGUGGCAGUGAAGUUCCAGAGUGGUUCACUUUUCGUAAUUACUUUGAUGAAGUGAUUUUUAAUGACCAAGUUAAGGACGUAGGUGAUGAUUAUGAUGAGAGUAAAACUCAUUACGAACUUCCUAUUGAAAUUCAUUGGACUUCCGGAUUGGAGAAGACAAAAUUGGUUUUGUGUGCUGUUUGGGAAAUUACGGAAUCAUUUGUUAGCCCUUGUUCUCUUGUAUUUAGUGUUUUGAAUGGAGGACGCUUGUUGUGUCAUCGAGAUGAGAUGUAUGUGUUUGGAGGAGAGACAGGGGCAGGUGGUAAUGUGUGGCUGGAAUGUAUUCCAUUUUUGCUUGAUGAUCAAUUAAAGCCGCCUAUUUUUCGAGUUACUGUUUCGGGGCAAGGGUUGCUCAUCAAAAGCAUUGGGGCCGAUCUGACUCAUAUCAGUAUGUCAAAGGAUGAUGGUGAUGAUGGCAAACAUAAUGAUGAAAAUGAAUUAGAUGAUGAUGGUGAUGUAGGUGUUGAAAUUCGACCCAGAAAGAGAACAAAGAUAUGACCUCUGUCAGCAUUUCAAUGUGUUGAUGUUGAAAACUUACUUCGUGUCUGGACCAAACGCAGGAAAUCCGAUUUACAGCAGGAAAGGCUAAUUGCUAGGAGAAGAAUGUGAAGUUGACUUUCGUGUAGGCUAGGAAAGGAAAGCGGCGUUAACACCCCCCCCCGCAAACUGGGUGUCACAGGAUGCACAAGUUUGGAAGACAUAUGCCGAUGGCGUGGUUUGUGAAGGGCUUUGGUGAACAGGUUCGCAGGUUGGUCGACAUAAGGAACAAAGCAAACUUGAUGACUUCCAAGAGCAACCUUUUCACGGACAAAGUGAUAGUCCAACUCAAUGUGACGUGUGUAGCCAUGAAAAACUGGAUUGGCAGACAUGUACGUGGUGUUGAGAUUGUCACAAAAGAGUUGGACUGGGAAUCGAAGACGCACACCCAAUUCAUGAAGAAGGGAGCAUAGCCAAGUGGUUCGGCACAAGCAUGAGAGAGGGCACGAUAUUCCGACUCUGUACUAGAGCGCGAGACUGUGGGCUGUUUCUUGGAACACCAUGAGAUGAGGUUAGUUUCAAGAGUAAUCACAUAUCUAGUGGCCGACCGACGAGAAUCAGGGCACCCAGCCCAAUCCUCAUCAACGUAGGCGAAGAGGCGAGCGGCGGCAGUUUGAUGAGUGAAGGUGAGGCCAAGGUCAAUAGUGCCCUUGAUGUACCUAAGUAUCUGUUUGGCAGCAACAAGGUGAGAGUUGCGAGGGACACUCAUGAAUUGGGCAACAGUGUUGACGGCAAAAGAUAUGUCAGGGCGAGUAAGUGAGAGAUACUGUAAACUGCUAACAAGCUCGCAAUACUCGAUUGGGUUUGAGAGCACCAUAAGAGACAGAGAUGAGAACCUUGGCAGCUAAUGGA